UCCAAUCCCGAGUCUUACGACUAUCAUGCGCGCGCUUUCUUUAUCGUUAGCUGACUCGUAAACAACCUGCGCAUUUUAGCAUUAUCAUUCCGGGAUCUUUGAAACUCCACCAAAGUCGAGUACGUUGACGGACAAAGCUUCCUAAUCGGUUCCUUCAUCUCCCCGAGUUCGCAUAAAAACCUCAUCGGUAUAGUUCUCUCUUACCAGAUCCUGUUUUGACUUCUCAACUCUCUGUCUAUGUCUGUUCCAAAAUUGUACAAGUCGAUGUGUGAUCAAGUAAAACUUACUUGUCAAGUUGACUUCUCAUAUGGCUUUUGUCCAAAGCUAAGGAUGGAGGGAAUCUCUCAGGAAGAUGUGUAUAAUCACGGUGAAGAAGCCUUGUCUAGUAUGAGUGAGGAGGAGCAAGCGAGAGAAGGGAUGUUUAAGAUAUUGUCAAAGCUAGAGAUAGACUCGGCUUACACUAGUGAAAAGCUGCUGAACCUUCAUGUUCUUCUUAUGCACCUUUUGGCUUGGGAUAAUGAUCUCGAAGGGAUGGGGACACUUGGUUCUUCUGCAGCGUCUUUUGAGAAAGCUUUGACGUUUGAUCUUUUAUGUGGUAUAUUGGAGUCUGAGUUAAAGGGAGUGGACGAGGUUUUGGAUGAGCUAGAAGCGCAAAUCGUUGACACUUCUUAUAAGUUAUCUGCUUGCAAACAGGUAGAGUAUAGCGUUAUGGAAGGCAAAUUGGCUGAAUCUGCUGAAUCGUUGAAGCAGUCUAGGGGACAAGUCUCGGAGAUCACUUUGCAGUUGGCUCAGCUUCGAAGAACACUUCAUUACAUAAGAAAUGGAACAAGUGAAAAUGAAGAGUCAGCUGAGUAUUCAGGAACCGGUCAAGAUUUAAGGCAAAAGUAUGUGCUGAGACCAUCUGAUUUGAGGCAUAAGAAUGCUCUGAGGAUGCUGGAGAAGUCAUUGUCAAGAGAGCUAGAGCUUGAGAAGAAGCUAAUGGAGUUUCAGCAGAACGAAGAGCAGCUGAAACUCAAGCUGCACUACACAGAAGAGGUAUCUUCUAGGAUGGAAGAAGCAUCAGAGUUUAUAUGGGGACGGUUUCUAGAAGCCGAAAACUCCUCAGAGGUGUUUAUGGGUGUUUCAAAGGAACUUGUUGGCCGUCUUCAGAUCAUCCAGUUUAGUCAGAGUUGGUCAGCUCAACGAGAAGCUGAACUUAAAGCUAAGCUUGAAGAUAUCACUGCACAGCUCCAAGCCAAAGAUCUUGAGGUGAAAAAGCUCGAAGGAACAAUUCAAGAAAAUCAAGAGAUAGUUUCAGAAGUACUCACUUUGAGGGAACAUGUGAAGUUAACUGAACAGAAACUGAAAGAUACUGAGGUUGAGCUGAGGAGUGUCAAUGCCUCCAAACAAGAAGUUCUGGUGCAUCUUGCUGAGAUGGAGAAUGCUAAUGAGUCUGUCAAAGAGAGCCUUUUCGAGGCUGACAGCAGAGCUGAGAGUGGAGAGACUAAGAUUAAAGAGCUAAAUGCUGCAAAUCUUGAACUUACUGAGGAACUAAGUUUCCUUAAAGAUGCUGACGAUAAGAAGACCAAGAAGGUGAGCUCGCUGGAGAAGCAACUCAGGGAACUAGAAUUUCAGUUGCAGAACUCAAAGGUAUUAUCUGAAGCAAGUCAAGAACAGCAGAACAUGUUGUAUUCAGCAAUAUGGGACAUGGAGACCUUGAUUGAAGAUCUUAAAUCUAAAGCCUCUAAAGCUGAGAGUAGAAGUGAGACAGUUGAGGAGCAAUGCAUUGUGCUUUCUACAACCAACUCUGUACUUAACAAAGAAGUGAUAUCUUUGAGGCAAAGAGCCAAAUCCUUGGAAGCAUCGUUGGAUCUAGCUAAAGAAGAAAAAGAGAAAUACGCGCAAGAAAUAGCUACGAGAAACAAGCUUCUGAUGGAUAUGGUGAUGCAGUUAUCCAGUGAAAGGGAACGUAUAAAAGAACAGUUAUAUUCCCUGGCAAAGGAAAAUGAAAAACUGAGAGUGAACCAAUGCUCAGAGGGAGGUAAAUACCAAAGAAAUGGAACUUAUGCUGGGGACAAAGAGCUGCCUUCUAACACAGAUGGGGGUGGAAUAGAGGCAUUUGCGGAAAGUCUGCAGGAGGAUGAGAGAACAAGGAAAGAACCAGAAACUAAGGUUGAACCAGAGUUCCUUUCUGAGUCUGAAAAGAGUAGUAUGAACACAGAGAUCAGAAGGGCAAGCAACUUGAGAUGCAUACCAGUUUUUGCAGCAGCUUUUAUGUUGUUUCUUUCAUUCUUUGUUUUGGCUUUUGUUAAAGGAAAAUAAUUUCAGUUUGAAAAAUCUGCUUGUCUCUCUUGGAAAUAAUAGGAUUGGUCAUUGUAUAUUGUGUUGUAAAUACUCUAUUAUCUUGUAUUUAUUUUCAAGCAAUGUAUCUCAGCUAUUGUUUUA